ACAACUACCAAUUUUGUGGAAAAUGUGUGCAGGUCAUGAGAUUGAUGUUAAGAGUCUUAAGACGAGAAUGGAAGAGAUGAUGAGGAGUGCUGAAACAGGAGACAUCAUGGGAUUGUAUUCUUCAAUCUCAAAUGAUCCUCAAGUGUUGCAGGAUAUGGACAACAUCCAGUUCCUGCACACUCCCUUACAUGAAGCUGCAGCCAGAGGGCACACCACAUUCGCAGUCGAGAUCAUGAACCUGAUGCCGUCACUUGGUAAGAAGCUCAACCCUCAGGGCCUAACCCCUCUUCAUCUUGCCUUGGAGAGGAACAGGAAAGACACAGCAAAAGCACUUGUAAGAGCUGACCAACAGCUUGUCCGAGUCAAAGGAAAGGAGGGCCUCACUCCAUUGCUCUUAGCUGCCAGAAUUGUUACCGGUACUGGUGAUUUGGAUGUUUUAGUCAGCUUGUUGAGCCACUGUCCCGACUCAAUCUACGACUUGAACAACCGGUUUCAGACAGCGGUGCACGUUGCUCUGGAAUAUGGCAAUUGUAACGCUUUUACGCUGCUCCUGAAUUGGGUUGUCAGGAAAGCGAGAGAGCACACACUUGCAUGGAAGGAUGAGAGACAGAACACCCUCCUCCAUCUUGCAGUUCAGCAUGAUGGUGCACUUGAGGGAGUGAAAAAGCUAGUGAAGAUAACUAAAGUGAGCAAAAAAAACUCAGAUGGGAAGACCCCUCUAGACAUUGCCCAAGAGCUUGGGAGUGAGAAGAUGAAGAAAGUUUUGAUGGAGGCGGGCGCCCAGACAGCAGCAGAUUUGCCCAAGAAACAAACACUCACACAAUAUCUCCACUCCCCAGUAACCCGGUACGAGGACUUACUCCGACGAGAGUACUUCAUGCACAAGGAGCUUACCGUCGACAUGCGCAGCGUCAUUUUAGUGGUGGCCGUGCUGAUCGCCACUGCCACUUACCAGGUGGUGCUCCAACCCCCCGGCGGAGUUUACCAGGGCCAAGCCGACAGCCCCACCGACGUCCGGAGGCGCUCUUUGGAGCGUUCUUCACCACGACAGGUCCACCAGGUGGGAAGAAUGGUGAUGUCGAGCCCACUAUUCAUGCCGGCGAACACGGUGGCGUUCAUUACAUCUUUAUUGAUCAUCAUAUUCAUGCUGCCUGGCCGGCCGUACACCGUCGUACUCCAAACAUGCUUGAUCUUUUUGGCCUACAGCUACCUGAAAGCCAUGGAUUACAUAUCUAAUUCCAGUGGGGUUUCUAAGUUCAUGUUCUUCUUCUCCUGGUUCGCGAUUGUGACUGCUUUCGUCGGCAAAAUGGUGUAUUCUAUGGGGAAGGCGAUCUUCAAGGACGUGUGGUGGCUGCCGAGAUGUGCCGCAACAUCGAGUAACGUAUAUAAUCGAUUCCACGGCCGCGGGGCUGUGAAGAUUGUUUCGCUUGUCCGCAUCCUCAGAAGGCAGUACAAACUUAUCCAACAUUAGAAUGUCUGGCAAUAGCAUGCAUGCAAGUUUUAUAUAUAGAAACAAUAAUAAAGUAGAAAAUUUUAACGCAAAUCGAGUUUGGACAGACCAAAACUAGUUAUAUGGCAAGUAUAAUACUUGCAGUGUGAUUAGUGUAUAAUUCAAAAAAAGUGAUCAAAUUCGCAUAAUAAGUAUG